ACUCAUUUCUGUUUCUCUAAUAGAUGAGAGUUUUUCAUAAGUCAAUUCUCUUUCUUUUUAGAGUCUUCGUUUGAUAUUGAUGCAGCAAAAUCUCUCUCGCUCCUUCCUCUAUCUCCUCUCUCUCGACUGCCAUAUCACUUACAGAUCUCUCUCCCGAUCUUUCUUGGAACUCGAAUUUUGGCAAUUCAAUGUUCGAAAAGGGGUUAAAUAGGAGAAAGGCAGAGGACCCAUGUGGGGAAAGAGAAAAGUCCUGCAAAUUCAAGUAGAGAGAGAAAAUUAUUACACAGCCUGAAGUUGUAGAUCAGAACCACUAAAACCAAGUCUCAGUUCAUCCCAAGAAUGAAGAAACCAAUCCCAUCUGUUCUUUACAUUCUCACAAUCACUCUCCUAUUUCCUAAUCCAUCAAUGGCCGAGCCGCGAGCCCAGACGGUUCAAACCCAGUGUGGGAACCAACGCGAGCACAACCCCAAAAUCUACGUCCCAAACUUCGUUUCAGCGAUGGAAAACAUCAGUGUACAGAUGAGAACAUCUGGAUUCGGAGUAGCUGUCACAGGCUCAGGACUCGACACUAGCUACGGCCUAGCCCAAUGCUACGGCGAUCUCCCUUUACUCGACUGUUUUCUAUGCUACGCUGAGGCACGUACUGUUCUUCCCCGGUGUUUUCCCUUCAAUGGGGGUCGGAUUUACCUCGAUGGAUGCUUCAUGAGAGUACAGAAUUACAGCUUCUUUCACGAGUAUAUGGGGCCGGGUGACAAGGCCUUGUGUGGGAACACGACACGAAAGAACUCAACAUUUGAAGUGUCAGCGAGGCAGGCCGUGACGGAAGCUGUUGCAGGUGCACCAAAUAAUAAUGGGUAUGCGCGCACUGAGGUGGCAGUAUCGGGGACGAAAAAUGAAUCAGCUUAUGUCCUGGCUGAUUGUUGGAGAACUUUGAGCGUGAGCGAUUGCAAGGCUUGUUUGGUGAAUGCGUCUCAGGAAAUGUUGGGAUGCUUGCCUUGGUCCGAGGGGCGGGCAUUGAACACUGGAUGCUUCAUGAGGUACUCUGAUACAAAUUUCCUCAACCCGGAGCAGGGAAAUGGAAGUUCAAGAGGAACCAUAAUAGUGAUAGCAGUUUCUGUUGUCAGUUCAGUUGUGGUUUUGGUGGUUGGGGGAAUUAUUGGUGUUUAUUUCUGGAAGCACAGAAAAAUUCAGAAGAAAAGAAGAGGAUCAAAUGAUGCAGAAAAAUUGGUGAAGACCCUUUAUGACAGUAGCUUGAAUUUCAAAUACUCCACGCUCGAGAAAGCAACAGGAUCCUUCAAUGAAGCAAACAAGCUCGGUCAAGGAGGAUUCGGAACAGUUUACAAGGGAGUUUUGCCUGACGGAAGAGAGAUUGCAGUCAAGAGGCUUUUCUUCAACAACAGACACAGAGCCGGAGACUUCUACAAUGAAGUCAACAUAAUCAGCAGUGUGGAGCACAGAAAUCUAGUCAGAUUGCUAGGUUGCAGUUGUUCAGGACCAGAAAGCCUUCUUGUCUACGAGUAUCUACCUAACAAGAGCCUCGAUCGCUUCAUUUUUGAUUCAAACAGAGGUAAAACACUAAACUGGGAGAAGAGAUACCAAAUAAUUACUGGGACAGCAGAUGGUUUGGUCUAUCUUCAUGAAAAUUCCAACACCCGAAUCAUUCACAGAGAUAUAAAAGCAAGUAACAUUUUGUUGGAUUCAAGGCUGCGCGCUAGAAUUGCUGAUUUUGGGUUGGCCAGGUCCUUCCAAGACGAUAAGAGUCAUAUCAGCACCGCCAUUGCAGGAACACUAGGAUAUAUGGCUCCAGAGUACCUAGCCCAUGGCCAGUUAACAGAGAAGGCAGAUGUCUAUAGUUUUGGCGUUCUUUUGUUAGAAAUAGUUACCGGAAGGCAAAACAACAGGAGCAAAACCACAGAAUACUCGGACAGCUUAAUCACAAUUGCAUGGGAGCAUUUCCAGCAAGGAGCAGUGGAGGAACUUUUUGACCCAAACCUGAUGUUGCAUAACUACAACCAUAACAGCAACAUCAAAAAUGAGGUUUUAAGAGUGGUGCAUAUAGGACUUCUGUGCACCCAAGAGGCUCCGUCGUUACGACCAUCGAUGUCUACGUCAUUACGGAUGCUGGCAAACAAGGAUGAAAACCUCCCUCCUCCCACUAAUCCACCUUUUAUAGACGAGAAGACCAUGGAACUUAAUGACACAAGGGAGAACCAAACUUACCCCCUCAAUGUUGACAAUUCUGCCUCAAUUGCCAACCUCUCCCACAGUUCUUUCCACCCCAGGUGACACCUAGGUGGGCUCAAAUGGGACGUUUCAUGGAAGAAAUGCUUAGAAACCUUUGAUCAGUGAGGGUUUGAUUGACCUGCACGAUUUUGGCAACAUUACAGCUGGUGUGCACCAGGGAUUUGAGAUUUUAGAAGGAAAAUUACGGAUUGUAUCUCCAGCUAUUGGUGACUGAAUUUGAGCAGAGAAAGAGAUCAAGGCAACGGAAUGAAGUUCGUAAAAGAGUGAGCGUACUAGUAGAGUUAGAUCACUUUCAGUUAUAUUCAAAUCUCAUAUGGUAUGCGACACCAAACAUAUUGGAAAUUUUGAUUCAUCAACAGUAAAUUUUGCUCUGUUUUUAUGAAUCUUAUGAUAAUGUUAAUGAGUUUCAAUACUUCGGAAAAAAAA